AUUUUCCCAGCCAUUUUCUAGCACAUAAAACAAAGAUUUAUUUAAUCUGACUUUGAAAAGUUUUGCGUUGUGCUGACGAAUGCGGUCUGCAAACUGAUGCCGUUCCCUAUAUAAUGUUGUCUGUGUCGGAUUCAUUGCUAACGCCAUUAAACGAAGGCAUACUCGAUUGUAUGGAUGUCAUACAAAAGGAAUCCAUGGACGAUACAUGCAAUAAUAAUCGCAAAAGUUUAUUGGUAACAACUGCGGGGGUAAAUGCAUCAUUGUUUUCGAAUGUCUUCACUGGGCGCUUGGCGGUUACUGCUUUACUACAUCGAUUCAAAGAAGUUUUGAAGCAUUUCAAUGACGACGAUGCCCGAUACAGCCCGCGACAAAAGAUAGCACAUCAAAAUUUUUACCAGUUGUGACUACUUUUCUUUUGCUUUUUGUGGAAUUUUUAUAAUUUUUGUACAAAGUCUCAAAUUUGGACUUAUAUUGGUUUUGUUAGUUAAGGAGCUUAACUUUACCAAAAAAUUAAUGAAGCUUAAAAAGGCAAAAGAAAAGUAGUCAAAACUGGUAAAAAUGUUUAUGUGCUAUCUUUUGUCGCGGGCUGUAUAUACACAAACCAUUUACAUCUAUUGGGGAGGGCCCAGUGAAUUAGUAAACUGGGAGAAAGCAUGCGCACAAGUUUUCACCCCCUCUGCCAACACCGUGAAUGCCUCUGCCAUUGUUGCAGUUGCGGUAGCCAUACGCUCUGUGGCAGCAGCCAUUCUGCAUAUUGCCUCAGCAUUGGAGCGGUUGGCCUCCGCGUUAGUUGCAGCACUUUCAGCAAGCGGCUAAGAAAAUGAAAAUUUUAUUAAUAAUACAAUACAAAUACACAUGCAUGUUUAAUUAAGUGGCAACUAUUAUGUACUUCCGUAGAUUCUUAUAAUUGUAAGUACUGCUGUAUUGGUAAGGGGAACAAUAAGAAACAACAUGAAAAGGAAAGGAGAGGACGCCACACUUAAUGUCCCGUUAACUAAAAGCGAAUUGAUAACUGAUGAAUGUUUCUUUCGUUCAUUUUGCUGUUUCCUUUUCGUGGAUGAUUUUUGUUUUCCCCUUGAAAAAUAUUCGUGUGGUAGAGCUAAAAGGAAGAGGACAGAAAAACGGAGAUCGCUGUACAAAAACAGCCGCUAGAAGUUGUUAAUAUAAAGUUUC